CCAAUCAUCAUCAUGUCCGGACGUCAAGGAGGAAAGGCAAAGCCACUGAAGGCCGCAAAAAAAACGGAGAAGGAUCUUUCUGAGGAAGACGUCGAGUUCAAGAAGAAGCAACAAGAGGAAGCCAAAAAGAUCAAGGAGAUGGCAGCCAAGGCUGGACAACGUGGACCACUUCUCGGUGGAGGAAUCAAGAAAUCAGGAAAGAAGUAAUUGCCUCGGUCAAAUAUUAUGCCAUCUCAUCCGCAACCUCUGUUAUUAAUUCGUCAAAUGACUCGUUAUUUCAUCCAUUUCCGUUCCAUAUUUUACAUAUUCUUCGUUCCGUUCUGCUCAUUCCCUUUUUGAUAAUUUCAACAUCACUAUAUUUCUACGAAUGAAUUGUUAUCUGAG